UCCUCGGAGGAGUGAGGGAGUGCGCGCGUCUCAUGUGACUGGCCCAAGUGUAAUGUGGAAAUGAUACGCUCGUAGGGCGAAAAUGUGAUGCUCUGAUGUGCAUCUGGUGUUCAUCUCGUAGUUCAUGCCAUUGCCAAGCGACUAACCCUGUGUUAACUUAGUGUGUUCUCGUAUUUAGUGCAGGCCAAAUAAGAAAUCGCCAAGAUGGCCGACCUGGAGGCAGUGCUGGCUGAUGUUAGCUAUUUGAUGGCGAUGGAGAAGAGUAAAUCUACUCCAGCAGCGAGAGCCAGUAAGAAGAUCAUCUUACCAGACCCAAGGUUACCUCCUAUACAAAGACUUCUGCAAGACGGUGUGCGACGACCCGGUGCCGCAGCUGGAAUUCUACGAGCAGAUCAAGGCCUACGAGAAGAUCGACAACGCGGAGGAGAGAAGACGGGUGGCUCGGGAGAUCUACGAUAAUUUCAUCAUGAAGGAGCUCCUGUCCAACACGCACGUAAGUUCCUGCGGGGAUGCUCGGGAGGAGGCCGCUGGCUCCUUCGUGCUGGCGGAGUCUGUGUUGGGUCGUUUGUGUUUGGGUUGAUCGUUUUCCUCGUUUUCUUUUCCCCUUUUUUGUUCUUUGUUUUGCCAUUUUUUAGACCUCCUCUUCAUUUUCUUUUUU